GGGAGGACCGUAGGAAAUUAAACCAACUAUUCUACAGCAUCCUUUUACCAUGAUGAUUUCUGGUCCCACAGCAUGUGGAAAGACAACAUUUGUAAAGGAAUUGCUGCAAAAUCAUAUCUACAGAAUUAAGCCUGGUGUACAAAGAAUAGUGUGGCUGUACAAGAGGUGGCAACCAAUGUAUGGGGAAAUACAAAGCACAGUUUACCCCGAGGUGAAAUUCUACCAAGGCAUUCCAUCCGACAUAAACGAAGACGAGUAUUUUGACACAAAGUUAAAUAACUUGCUAAUUCUGGACGAUAUGAUGUCAGAGGCUGGAAAGGACAAAAGAAUCACAGAUUUAUUCACGGAGGGAUCGCAUCACCGAUCCUUGUCGGUGAUUUCCAUCAAUCAAAACCUAUACGCCAGCAAGGAUCCGACACUGAGAAGAAACUGUCAUUAUCUUGUAAUGUUCAAUAAUCCAGUGGACAAACAAUCUAUGAUCACAUUAGCGAGACAGAUGUACCCUGGUAAAACUGAAUACUUUUUAAAGAAGUUUGAGAAAGCAACUAAACAGCCCUAUGGCUUUCUAUUGGUGGAUCUAAAACCAUUUACACCGGAACAUGCCAGACUGAAAUAUUAUUUAAUGUGGAUAGACAGAAAAUCUACGAACAACGAAAGCCUGACAGAAACUGACCAAUAG